AUGGCGGGCCCAAAGUCUGUAUUCGCGCAUUUCAUUGUUGGCAAUGCUAGCGCCUACGGCCAAAGCGACUGGGUGGGCGACAUGCAAUUGGCGCAAGCCGCCGGUAUCGACGCAUUUGCCCUCAACGUCGGAGCCACCGACCAAACAACCACGACUCAAGUACCGCAAGCAUACGGUGCGGCCGCACAAAUCGGUUUCAAAGUCUUCCUGUCCUUUGACUACGCAGCCCAGGGACCUUGGUCGUCCCAGGCUGUCGUCAACACUAUCCGUACUUACGCCAACAGCCCAGCUCAAUUUACGGUGAAUGGGUUGCCACUUGUAUCCACAUUCGAAGGGACAGCGAAGGCCAGCGAUUGGGCCACAAUUCGCCAAUCGACUCCACUGUUUCUCGUUCCAGAGUGGACGAGUAUUGCGCCUGAUGACUUCAAGUCAUCUGACGAGCAAUAUGUCGAUGGUAUCUUCAGCUGGGACGCAUGGCCUCAGGGCGCCGUUGACAAAACCGAUGACUCCGAUUUAACUUGGCAGUCAGCCGCGGCUCCCAAGGCCUACAUGAUGCCAGUGUCUCCGUGGUUCUAUACCAACCUGCCAAAGUACGACAAGAAUUGGGUCUGGCGAGGAGACGACAUGUGGCACAAUCGCUGGCAGCAGGUGCUCCAAGUGCAGCCUCAAUUUGUAGAGAUUCUUACCUGGAAUGAUUAUGGUGAAUCUCACUAUAUUGGCCCCAUCAAAGAACAGGGUAUCCCCCAGGGGGCGCAAACUUACGUGAACAAUAUGCCCCAUGACCACUGGCGCGAUCUUCUCCCCUAUUACAUCCAAGCCUACAAAACUGGGCAGCCUGGCAUCACGAAAGAGAAGCUUCACUUUUGGUACCGUCUUUCACCCGCCGCCGCGGGCUCCAGCGACGGUACUGCAGGGAACGCGCCUUGGCAACCAUCCACAAGUCCCAAUGUCGUUGUCCAGGACAAGGUCUUCUUCACCGCACUCCUUACAAGCCCUGCGACAGUGACGGUGCAGAUUGGAGGUAACGAGACAGAUAUUCUUUCUUCGAAUGCGGUUGGAGCGUUUCAUUCGUCUGUGCCAUUCAACGGGAGGACUGGAGCCGUGACGGUCAGCAUUGUGAGGGGCAGCGAUGUCGUGGUCAGCGAAGUAGGCCCAGCUAUUACGAACAGUCCGCCCAAUGGCUUGACGAACUACAACGCUUGGGUUGGAGGUUCUGGAUGA